AUGUCGGAUUCCCCCCAAUCCCCUCCCAAGGAGGUUGACCAAGGUGCACCGUCACCCGACGACGAAGCACAAAUGAAUGAGCAACAAGACCCACAGUCCGCAAACGCUGCGGGUUACGAGUUUGAAGGCGUAAAGGAACAAGACCGCUGGCUCCCUAUAGCCAAUGUCGCUCGCAUUAUGAAGAAUGCCCUGCCUGACAACGCCAAGAUAGCGAAGGAGGCAAAGGAAUGCAUGCAAGAAUGUGUUAGCGAGUUCAUAUCAUUCAUCACAAGUGAAGCAUCGGAAAAGUGUCAACAGGAAAAGCGCAAAACCGUGAAUGGCGAAGAUAUUCUCUUUGCCAUGACAUCCCUCGGUUUUGAAAACUAUGCUGAAGCCCUCAAGGUUUAUUUAAGCAAGUAUCGCGAGCAACAGAACCAAUCCAACCGUGAAAGAGUAAACAUGGAUAACGGACAGUGGGGUUCUGGUACCAUGAUGGGCGAUGCUAAGGCCGAGUCUGGCGCCGUGGGCGACUUUGGACACGACGGCAACAGCGUUGAAAGUGGUGCGGAUCCCAACUACAUGUAUGGGUCCCAGCCCGGCCACAACGGUAAUGCUCCUGAAGGUUUUUAAAGGAGCUGAUGGGCCCAUGGAGUCGCAUCUCAGGAUACUGCUGUUGAUAAAGGCCGAGGCCGUGGACGAACCCGAACCGGCAGACGAUAAAAGUGAGAUGGGCAGAACCUCAUCUCAUACGAUGAGCCCGCCCAGUGCAACCGCUGCCAACCAAAAUGAAGUCGACGAAUAUAUCGUCGACGCAGCUCUCACUCAAAUCUAUCGGAUGAAAUAGACCGGAAGCCAACCAUCUUCGUCUUACGGCAGACAACUGUGUACGCAUUGAGAUACGAUGGGCCACAUCGAAAGAUGUAUAAUUGACAACGCAAACUACAGCCCGGGAACGUUGAGAGAGGGAGAUAAGAAAUAAAAAACGAACAUACAAGGAGGAACAGAACAGUGGAAUAUCGAUGCACGGUGGAAAGAACUUGGCUGUUAUCUGAAGACAAGAGGUUUCAAUAGCGUCUUCUGAUAGUGUAUACUUAUGUAAGCGGUUCUGCGUUGGUAUAAGUUGCUCCCACUGACCAACAUGAUAUUAAUAUGACGCCCAGCGUGGACAAAUGGUUUUCGUGAGAUGAUCAAAAACCAUGUUAUGCCCAUUUUCGUUGGAAGGUUCAAUUUAAAUUGUAUUUCAACUUUUCGAGCCUGCGACGUAAUAAGUAUACACAAGUGGCCCGAAAACCUUGCGCUCAAGUUCUGGUUGGUCCAU